AUGCCCGGACAAAGUGAAAAACUGAAAAUUUUAGUCACACAUCCAGAAAUUACACAGGUUGUUAUUGACUUAUUGUCGCAUAAAUAUGAGGUAAUCCUUUGCCAAAGUGUGCCGCCAACACGUUCGGAGAUUCUGGAGAAGUGCAAGGGUGUGCACGCCGUAUUAUGGGCAUCGAACCUUAAGCUCGAUAAAGAAAUAAUUGAUGCCAUAGGCCCACAGCUAAAAGCGAUCUCCACUAAAUCUACGGGCAUAGAUUUUGUGGACGUGGAAGAGUUUAGGCGACGUAAGAUACCGCUCGGUCACGUACCUCAUGUUCAAAACGAUGCAGUAGCAAAUAUGGCGGUUGGUUUAUUGUUGGCAGCAGCGCGUCGUUUCCACGAAGGACGUCUGAAGAUCGAGAAGUAA